UAACCACCCUUUCCGCCUACCCUUACGACAUACAAUAUUUCUGUUUCUUGUCAUGGCCCGCAGGAAGCGUAUCCUGGAAGAUGAAGAUGAUUCAGAAACCUCUGUAGGGUCUGAAUCGGGUGGAGAAGGAAUGGACGACGAAUCAUAUCACCGGAAACGAAGGCGAAAGGAUGGCAAGGAGGAUGCGAUAUAUGGUAUAUUUGGAGACGAUAGUGACGAAGAAACCUACCAACGACGGCUGACCAAGAAGAAGCAACCUACGUUUGUCUCACAGAAAAAGACAGAGGAUCUGCCUAUGGAUGUCGAUGAAGAGGUCGAGCAGGAGGACGCCGACGCUGCUGGAUCCGAGGGUGAGGAAGGUGAGGAUCCUCAGGACGUUUCUGACGAGUCUGAACCUUCCAGGCUUCCUUCACCUCGAGUUCGAGAUGAGGAUGAGGAUGACUCGUCAUUCAUGCCAGCGGUUGGUGGCCUAGGAUCCCAGUAUUCGGCCUCUGCCAAGGCAGGCAUUGGCUCGACUUCCUCGCCACCGUCAAAGGGCGGCAUCGGUGCUGGAAAAUCGACAACCAUUAAAUCUGCCUUCUCCAAAGGUCUUACUUCCUCCCCUUUCGCCAAAGGCGGCAUUGGCUCCGCAAAAUCUACAUCUAUCGAGACAUCCUUCACGACCUCCCAAGCUAGCACAUCCACAUCCACAUCCACAUCCACAUCCCCUUCCAAAGAACUACCAUCAGCCUUUGGCGGUAAUCGUUCGACCUCUUUCAUACGCAACUCCGGGUUUUCUUCAGAGCCCAGCGUUCUCAGUCAUGCAGAGCAGGCACACUUCCAAAAUAUAUCAGGCUCUUUCGGUGCACGAAUGCUGGCAAAGAUGGGAUGGCAGGCGGGCACGGGGCUUGGAACAACUGGAGAAGGCAUUGUCACGCCUGUGGAGAGCAAGAUGCGGCCUGGAAGGGCUGGUAUUGCUUUCCGUGGGUUUAAAGAGAGGACCGAGCAGUCCAAAAUGGAAGCGAGAAGGCGAGGUGAGGUUGUCAGUGACGACGAAGAGGAUGUGAAGGUGAAGAAAGCCAGGAAGGGAGAGAUGGCAGCCAAGGAGAAAAGGUCUGCCGUUUGGAAGAACCCUAAAAAGAUCAAGACCAAGAUAGAACACAAGACCUACGAGGAGAUCCUUGCAAACGCUGGAGAGGGUGUUUUGUCGGUGCCUAAUGUUGGCCAAAUUAUUGAUGCUACAGGAGCGGUCCCUCGAGAAGUCAGCUCCCUAGCCGACAUCUCUCUGAAUACUUGGUCUCCGUCAAAUGAUCCUACGCGAAUACCUGAAGUUCGCCAUAACAUCAGACUGAUAGCUGAUGCCUGUAAGAGUGACCUUGAUGGAUUAGCAAGGGAGGCGAAAUCUUUGGAUGACAGGAAGAAGUGGAUUGUCAAAGAGGAUGUACGGCUGCGGAAGAGAGUCGAAGAUGAAGCUGAACUCAUUGCCCGUUUGCAGCAAGUGCAGCUUGUGGCUAACGAAUUCGAUGCCAAAUCCAAAGAGCUCGCGAGUACUUAUGAAGUAUCACUUGACCCCUUCUCUCCCUUGGUUUACCGGCUUUUGAGCGAGUAUUCGAACGAGUUUGACAAAUAUCGGCUGGAUGAAAUUGUUGUCGCGGCCAUAGCACCUUCAGUGCGACGAAUGGUGUCCCAGUGGGAUCCAUUACAGGAUCCUACCUUUCUUAUUUCCACUUUUCGGAGUUGGCAGCGUGCUCUACGUGUGAACUCACCGCCGGAGAAACCCCAAACCCAGGUUGACGUCUAUGGAACGCAAGGGACUAGGGCACCCGUCAUCGAACCUGAAAAACCUAUGACUCCCUUCGAAAGUCUCCUAUGGUGUGUAUGGCUUCCGCGGGUUCGUACAUCCAUCAACAACGAAUGGUCUGCGCAAAGUCCUGGUUCCGCUGUCAAGCUUUACGAGGCGUGGUCCUCUUUCUUACCGACAUUCAUCUCUGACAAUUUUCUUGAUCAGUUGAUCUUACCGAAAGUUCAGAAGGCUGUAUCGACUUGGCGUCACAAGCAAGAUACAGUGACUCUCCAAGCAAUUGUAUUCCCUUGGCUUCCUCAUGUAGGCCUCCGUUUAGAGGAAGUCAUUGGUGACGCCAGGCGCAAAGUCAAGAACCUACUCCGUAGUUGGAUGGCGGGCGAUGACAUCCCAAAAGAUCUCAUUGCUUGGAAAGAUGUAUUUGAUUCAAGCGACUGGGAUAGCAUCCUCCUGAAAUAUGUCGUGCCUAAACUAGGCUCGACUUUGAGAAAUGACUUCCGCAUCAACCCACGAAAUCAACAAAUGGAACCACUACAACACGUCCUUCACUGGUCGGAAUUUAUCCGGUCUAACAUCUUUUCACAGCUACUUGAGACAGAAUUCUUUCCAAAGUGGCUGGAUGUCUUGCACGUCUGGCUUAUACAACCGAAUGUCAGUUUUGAGGAGGUGGCACAGUGGUAUUCGUUCUGGAAAGGCACAUUCCCCGAGGAUGUUCAAAGCAUGCCGGGAGUUUCACGCGGGUUCACGCGUGGACUGCAGUUAAUGAACAAAGCCAUUGAACUAGGACCCGAUGCACCCACACGCCUGCCUAGACCCGACUUCCGUGCAGAAGUUGCGUCUGACACUCCCUCGGCACGUAACGGGACGUCGAAAACACAACCAAGGCCGUCAGCUAGGACACAAGAAAUCACGUUCCGCUCCAUUGUGGAGGAGUUCGCUGCGUCUCAUAACCUCUUAUUCAUACCAACCGGUCGCGCACAUGAGAAAUCGAGGAUGCCUCUGUUUCGCGUAAGCCCGUCGGUCGACGGGAAGGGCGGUCUUUUGGUUUACAUUCUGGACGAUGCUGUGUGGGCGGCGGCGGAAGGUGUUGGAAGUUCUGCAGAGGAUUAUAUGGCUAUCCCUUUGGAUGCUAUGGUUUUACGCGCUAGCACUUGAGACUGUACAAAUGUAACUCUUUUUGUUUUCAAAAUGGCCGCCUCAGCGGGUGACGAAAAAGGAAAGCUUAGCCGAAGUUAGGGAUAUAAAGAGGUUUAGAGCGACGGGUACUCAUUACCUCCGAGACGUACGGACGGUACUUGGUUACCCGCGAAAUGUGAGUGUG